GAUAACCUCAGCGUGCAGUAGCUGCGAAAGAUAUCAGUUGCUGUGGAGUGAUCUGUCGGAGGGAGUGUGUGUUGUAGCUGGACCAUCAUCGUGCUAAUACCACGCUUGUGAAUUUUGCAUGUCAGGAGCGGAGGAUCCUGUCGCCGGUCAACGGCUGUUUUCCAUUUUUGGCAUAAUAUUCCGUAUUCCUAAUUAAUCAAAGGCAUGUGGAAUUGUACAAGGAUUAGGAAUUGGCUUUUAACAGCGUGCCUGCUGUUGACGAUAUGGACGAGGGUGUCCCAGUCCUCGGGCUAUUUCGAGCUGCAGCUGAUUACCGUACAGAAUGUAAACGGUGAGUUGUUGGACGGGGAAUGCUGCGAUGGCUCUAGGAACUCUCAGGAUCUCCGUUGUAGCCGGGACGAGUGCGAUACUUACUUUACAGUCUGCUUAAAGGAGUACCAAACAGAAGUCGCGGUCACUGGCCAGUGCGCGUACGGCAAAGGAUCUACUGAAGUUCUCGGUGGAAAUAUUAUUUCUUUCAAGAAUGCUAAAAAUAAUCGAGUAAUAAACGAGUCUGGAAAGAUCACAAUACCCUUUCAGUUCGCCUGGCCGAGAUCCUACACCCUCAUUCUGGAAGCCUGGGACUGGGAUAACACCACCCAAAAUGCAAACGGGCCUCAGGCGGACUCGCUGGUUGAGCGGAGCAUCCGCACGGGCGUGCUGAACCCGGGCGAAGGCUGGGAGACGGUCCUGUACCCAGGCCCCACAGCGCAGAUGGAGUAUCGCGUCCGCGUGCGCUGCGAUGAGAACUACUACGGCAGCAAGUGUAACAAGCAGUGCCGCCCGCGCGACGACUACUUCGGACACUUCCGCUGCGAGCCCUCGGGCAACCGCGUCUGUCUAGACGGAUGGAUGGGACCCGACUGCAAGACAGCUAUCUGCAAGCAAGGCUGUAACCUGCUACAGGGAGGAUGCACUGGGGAGCCAGGAGAGUGUCGGUGUAAGUACGGCUGGCAGGGGGAGUUCUGUGACGAGUGUCUGCCCUACCCUGGCUGCCAGCAUGGCACCUGCACCCGACCCUGGCAGUGCAACUGUGAGAAGAACUGGGGAGGUCUGCUGUGUAACAAAAAUCUGAACUACUGUGGCACCCACCAUCCGUGUGUGAACGGCGGCACCUGCAUGAACACUGAGCCGGACGAGUACAGCUGUGCCUGUCCAGAGGGCUACUCUGGCAAGAACUGCGAGAUCGCGGAGCAUGCGUGUGUGUCCAACCCCUGUGCCAAUGGUGGCACCUGUCAUGAGGUGCCCUCGGGCUUUGAGUGCCACUGCCCAGCGGGAUGGGAAGGACCCACCUGCGCCAAAGAUAUGGACGAGUGUGCAUCCAGUCCCUGUGCCGAGGGUGGCACCUGCAUUGAUCUGGAAGAUGGCUUUGAGUGCCUGUGCCCACUGCAGUGGAUGGGCAAGACCUGCCAGAUUGAUGCAAAUGAGUGUUUGGGGAAGCCUUGCGUAAAUGCUAAAUCUUGCAAAAACCUAAUAGGCGGAUAUCACUGUGACUGCUAUAAAGGAUGGGCCGGACAGAACUGUGACAUCAAUCUGAAUGGGUGCAGUGGGCAGUGUCAGAAUGGAGGAGUCUGUAAGGAGGUGGUGCGAGGCGGUUACUUGUGCCAGUGCCCGGUCGGCUUUGUGGGCACCCACUGUGAGAUCCAGCGGAACAAGUGUGCCAGCGGGCCGUGUCAGAACGGCGGCCGCUGCCACGUGCUGCUGGACAGCUUCGUCUGCGAGUGCCCACUAGAGUUCAGCGGCACCGUGUGCGAGCUGCCCAACCAGUUGCCAUCGAACCCCUGCGAGUCCAACCCGUGCCGGAACGAGGCGUCGUGCCACAGCAUGCUGGGAGAUUUCUACUGCGCCUGCCCGGAGGACUACGAGGGCAAGACGUGCGCUGACCGAAAGGACCACUGCAGGACCACUCCAUGCCAAGUGAUUGACAGCUGCACGAUCGCUGUGGCAGCGAACAGCUCGGACGAGGGCGUUCGGUACAUCUCCUCGAACGUGUGUGGCCCCCGCGGUCAGUGUCACAGUCAGCCAGGAGGAAACUUCACCUGCACCUGUGACAAGGGCUUCACCGGGACCUACUGCCAUGAGAAUAUCAACGACUGUGUGGCCAGUCCCUGUAGGAAUGGAGGCACCUGUAUCGACGGGGUCAACGCCUUCCAGUGCAUCUGCCCCGACGGAUGGGAGGGCACCCUCUGUGACAUGAACGUGAACGAGUGCAGCAGAAACCCGUGUAAGAACGGGGGCCGCUGUGUGGACCUGCUCAACGACUUCUACUGCGACUGCAAAGACAACUGGAAGGGCAAGACCUGCCACUCACGUGAAAGUCAGUGCGACGCAAACACUUGCAGUAACGGGGGAACAUGCUACGACAACGGGGAUGCGUUCCGCUGUGCCUGCCCCCCUGGGUGGGGUGGCAGCACAUGCAACACGGCUAAGAACAGCACGUGUGCCUCCAACCCCUGUGCCAACGGAGCUACCUGUGUGGGCGGCGUCGACUCUUUCACCUGCAUCUGCAAGGACGGCUGGGAAGGACCCACCUGUGCCCAAAAUAUCAAUGACUGCAACCCCCACCCCUGUUAUAACGGCGGCAUCUGUGUGGACGGAGUCAACUGGUUCCGCUGUGAGUGCGCUCCUGGAUUUGCUGGACCGGACUGUCGCAUCAACAUCGACGAGUGCCAGUCGUCGCCCUGUGCGUACGGCUCCACCUGCGUAGACGAGAUCAACGGCUUCCGCUGCAUCUGUCCCCUGGGUCGAUCUGGCGCCCGCUGUCAGGAGUUCAUUGGAAUCGGGAAAACAUGCCACUACGGCGGCCUGCAGUUCCCUCACGGGAGUCGCUGGGAGGAGGAGUGCAACAGCUGCCAGUGUAUCAACGGCAAGGUGGACUGCACCAAGGUGGUGUGUGGACGACGGCCGUGCCUGUUGCCUGGGGUGAGGCUGGACCAGCAGCAGCAUCUCCGGGACAACCAGAUGGAGCAGCAUCAGCACCAGCAGCCGCAGCACGCGUGCCCGAGGGGACGAGGCUGCCUUGAGCACAGCUUCCUGACCUGCUUCUCACCGCCAUGCCACCACUGGGGCGUGUGCUCGUCCCCCCAGCCGCAGGUCGACGUCCACACCAAGUGUGAGCCCAACACGGGCUACCUGGACAACAGCUGUGCCCGCAUUACGCUCAUCUUCAACCGCGAGAAGGUGCCUCCGGGUACAACAGUAGAGAACAUCUGUUCGGAGCUCAGAUACCUUCCAGCCACACGGAACCUGGCCAAAGAGCAUGCCUUACUGGUGCUUUGUGACCUGUCGUAUACUAACCAGGAUGCCGUUGAGGUGGCAAUAUCGUUCCAGCAGGAAGAGCAGCCGGACCACAGUCGUGUCCAGGAGGCGGCUAGUGGCAUCGUCAGCGCACUGUCCAAGCGCCACAACAGCACGGUCAUGCUCGCCAUCAUCGAGGUGAAGGUGGAGACCCAGAUCAUGCCCCAGUCAGUCGACUACCUGGUACCACUACUGUGUGUGCUGUUCUGUGGCCUGUGGGUGGUAUGCAUGGUGGUGUGCGUGUGGUGGAUGCGCAAGCGCCGAAAAGAGCGUGAGAGGCGCCGACGCCACUCCCCCGACGACAACAUCAAUAACCAGUGGGAGCCCCUGCGACCGGUGACCGCCGGUCAGGGACUGGGCUUGGGCGUCGGCGCAGGGCCCAAGGAUAGCAACCUGGACGCGCAGUACGAGCGCGCCAAGCUCAUGGGCACGCCCGAGCGGAUGUGCGACGGGCGCGAGGACGAGGAGGAGGCCGAGGACGACCUGGAGCUGGGGAGAGGUGGAGGAGGAGGUGGUGACGGAGACGGAGGGAUGAUUGAGGUGGAGCUGGAGCCUGCAGAGGACGGCUAUGGCAAGGAGGAUUCCUGCGGCAAGCUGCGCAUGUACUCUAAGGGGCCAGCGCAGGGCCAGGGGUUGGCCAAAGGAGAGGUGAUCUGCACCACCCGAAGCAGCAGCGGCAGCGUUGGUGGCAGUAGCUGCAACGCCGCCUCGCUCAAGACGCCUCACCGGACCACGGUGUCGGUGGCGGGGGCUCCCCACAGCCCCAAAGACAACCGCUGUAAAAACAUCAACAUGGGCCCUGACCUCAAACACCAUUGUGUAUGAGCCCUCAAUAACAACCCCCCCGCCCCUUACAGCAUCUCUACCAGUCCCUUCACCAAACCAUCCCAACAGCCUAUCCCAAACAACCAACCAACCAACUAACUCUGACAGAGAAUCUUAAGAGAGGAGGAGAGGACUCUCACCUCAUUUAAAAAAACAAAACUUUCAGUUUGAAAAGAACUUAAUUUUUUUCCUCUCUUUUCUUGGCUUGACAUUUCUUUUUUAUUUCCAGCAAAUUAGUUUUGCUGUUCAAGCUGAAUGUCGACACGGAGGACUUAUUAUUUUUUUUUUUUUAUUUAACCUUUUUUUUUUCCUUCUCCUCUCCCUUCCUUUGGCAUUCAUAUUUUUAUUUUUUGUGUACAGAUGAAGCAGAAUUGUAUUUCUUUAUAAUCAGGCAAGACAAAAGAGAGGCCUAUGUUGUUCUAUUGUUUUGGUUUUUCGGAGAGAUGUCCUGCUGUGUACAAGCGGAAAGAUAACUCAUAAUGGAGGAAGAAAAAUAUAAAUGUAUAGAUACAAAAGACAACUUUUUUUCUGUUGUUGUUUACAGACGAUUGCCCCUUGUUAAUUUUUUUUUCUCUGCCAUGGAUUAAUAGGAAGGCUAAGCAGUGGUGGGUUAGGGGGGAACUGACUGACUCUAGGACCCAGCAGAAAGCAGGUGUCCCCUUCUCCCUCCCAACCGCCCUGACUGUCCCCUGUCCGUUUGUCCAGCUCUCCUCGACGAUGCACGCCAGCCUUAUGAAAGUGCGUUGCCCUAGAGGAACGAGAGAUGAUGAAAACAAACUAAAAAAGAAUACUCCUGUGCCUACAGAGUGGCCUUGAUUUACUCACGCCCCACCCCCCUCACUCCCUUUAUUCCUUUCUGUUGUCUCGGCUGAAGAAAAAAAAAAAAGAAGAGGAUUGCAGUAUUUUUUUCUUUUGUUCUGUUUUAGUUUCUUUUUGUUUAACUUUUGGUUUGAGCUGGUAGCAAGUGCCUUUCAACAAGCCCCACCCCAAACAACCACCCUCCCACCCACCCAAAGUUAUUUGCGU